GCCCUACCUCAGUUCAUCAUCACCUCUCCUCAAACUCAACAUCUCGACUCUUUCCCUCUCUACUUCCGCAAAGUAUCCAGCACAGGGUGAUUUAUACGGAUUCCAAUAUAGAACGCAACCAAAUCACAAGUCUUCUAUGACUGAAUCAAAGCGCCACGCUGACCGUCGACGCGGCAAAGGUCGUGGGCCCCGACGUGGCCCAUCCAGCCAGGGCCAUGGCCAUGGUCAUGGUCAUCAUGCCCAGCCAGACAGAGAUUCAGCGUCUUCAACGGCCCCAGCCUCACCGCAACAGUCGGGAAAGGGACUUACUGAUGAAAUCGCUGAUGAGACUGUCCGUCUUUCCGUCAACGAGCCGGUCCCGCUGGCGAGCAGGAGCUUCGCCGAGCUGUCAGGGAGCAAUCUUGUGCAUCCCUUGCUCGUACAGACCAUCACGGAGGACAUGAAAUUCGACUUCAUGACACCCGUUCAAGCCGCCACUCUGGAUGAGCUCCUGCCGCCCAAGAGAAGCGACUGUCUCGUCCAAGCCAAGACCGGAACAGGGAAGACCCUCGCCUUCCUGCUGCCGGCCCUGCAGACCAUGCUCACCCAAAGGCGCGCCCCCGACGCCGGCAUCUCGCUCCUCGUCAUCUCGCCCACGCGCGAGCUGGCCAUGCAGAUCUCCGCCGAGGCCACCAAGCUGCUGCAGAGGCUACCGCAGUACCGCGUCCAGAUCGCCAUCGGCGGCACGAACAAGGACCGCGAGGAGAAGCAGAUCCUGGGCGGCUGCGCCAUCCUCGUCGCCACCCCGGGCCGCAUGCUCGACCACAUGUCGAACGAGGACGUCCUCUACGCCCUGCGCCACCUCGACUCCCUGGUGCUCGACGAAGCCGAUCGCCUGCUCGACAUGGGUUUCAUGCGAGACCUAAAGAACAUCGUCCACCAGCUCCCCGACAAGAAGGAGACCAACCGCCAAGGCAUGCUCUUCUCCGCCACCAUCGCGCCCCACGUCGAACAGGUCGCCGGCCUCGUCCUCUCGCCCGGCUACAAGUUCAUCUCCACCAUCCCCGCCGGCGAAGCCAACAUCCACCAACGCGUCCCCCAGUACCUCGUCGAGGUGCCCAGCUUCGGGUCCGUGGCCCCCGCCAUGGUGAGCUGCGUCCGCCAAGAAGCCGCGCGGGACGCCGACUUCAAGGCCAUCCUCUUCGCCCCGACCGCCGCCCUGGCCGACUUUUACGGCCACGUCCUCUCGGCCCUCCCCGGGCUCCCCCCGGUGACCAUCCUGCACAGCCGCAUGUCGCAGAACAAGCGCACCAAGAUCACAAACGACUACCGCGACGCGCGCAGGGCCGUGCUCGUCGCCACCGACGUCGUGGCCCGCGGCAUGGACUUCCCCGGCAUCACCACCGUCAUCCAGAUCGGCCUGCCCGCCGACAAGGAGAGCUACAUCCACCGCCUGGGCCGCACGGCGCGCGCCAACGCCGACGGCCGCGGCAUCUUCAUCGUCGCCCAGGCCGAGGCCGCCUUCCCCAAGUGGAACCUGAAGGACAUCACCUUCAUCCGCCCGGGCCCCGAUCUGUCGUCCGCCGGCGAGGUCCUGGCCAUCGCCGAGAAGAUGGACGAACAGGAUACGGCCCGGAUCUACCAGGCUUGGCUCGGCUACUACCACAACCACCUCAAGAUCCUCCGGUGGGAUAAGGAGGAGUUGGUGAGGCAGGCGAACGUUUACGCGCGCGAGGGCCUCGGCUCCCCUGAUACCCCGCCUAUUGGCAAGUCCACGGCUGGGAAGAUGGGCUUGCGAGGCGUUAGGGGGUUGGUCGUUGUUCCGGAUCGGCCUGGUGGUGGCGGGGGUGGAGGUGGAGGUAGAGGCGGAGGCGGAGGCAGAGGUGGAGGCGGAGGCGGAAGAGGACGCCGUAAUCGUGGUAGCAACGCGUAAGUACGGCGUUUGAUUUGCAUUGGUGGGGAUCCAGGACAUACAUGUAGACAUUACUGUUGUGGGCUUCUGAGCAUUGCAGGCGAUAACCAAGCCCUCGUAUUGUGUACAGAUAUUGGGACAUGAUAGAUAUCCGAGACCUCACGAUUUGUUACGAUCAUUUCCAGCAUGACGGGGUCACCAUAGAUACACGGACUUUUCUUUAUGACUUACAAUACACUUGUCGUUAAAUGUCA